AGCGACGGCAAUUAUUUUGAUGCCUUGUUAUUCUUUAUCUUGAAUAAAUAAAUAAACAUGGAGCAUUAUCCUGUAUCUGGCCAUAAAAACGAAGGGAACCAUGGCUCAUUUCUCUAGAUUCUUUACUUUAGCGUUCUCCCCAACCACUUUUAGGACCUCCUCCUUCUGCCCCUCCUCCCCAAAAGUAUCCAAGUACCAUUCAACCCCUAGUGCUGUUUCAAGUAAAGCUACUAAUGAUCGUGAUCCUCGAAGCCCUACCACAAGAAGAGAUGUCAUCCUUGGUUUAGGGGGCCUUUAUUAUGCAAGCAGUAUUCUUAGUGAUGCAUAUGUCAAUGAUGCUAAGCCAGUCUCAGCUGUAGAGAAAACCAGAAGAGGGAUAAGGGAUUUUGAUCACGGCAAGGUGGCACAAGCAGCUGAAACAAAGAAUAUGGUGCUAACACCAAUCAGUGCGUUCCCUUUAGAUUUAGAUAAAGUGAUUAGUACUGAGGUUUCGAGGCCAAAGAAAUCAAGAAGUAAGAAGGAGAAACAAGAUGAAGAGGAAGUUUUAGUGAUAGAAGGGGUUGAUUUUGAGAGAGGAGAGUUUGUGAAGUUUGAUGUUUAUGUUAACGAUGAGGGUGAUCAAUCACUCAGAGGACCAGACAAGGCUGAGUUUGCUGGGAGCUUUGUGAAUGUGCCUCAUAGGAGUAGGACCGAAAGGAAGGCUCGUUUGACACUGGCGAUUAACGAAUUGCUGGACAAUUUGGAAGCUGAAGGUGAUGAUAGCUUGGUGGUGACUUUGGUGCCUAGGUCUGGUAAGAACCCUGUUAAUAUUGGUGGCGUCAAGAUUGAGUAUACAAAUGAAUGAUCACUCUAAAGAUAUCAUCAUCAAGAUUGAGAGAUACGUAUAUGUAUGUAUUUUGCUUCUCUUUUAGCUUGCUGAUUAAGAGAUAAGUGGUUACCUUUUGUUCUUCUGAUCCAUGUACUGAUCUUGAUUAAUCAAGCAAGGAAAUGUUGUCUUCAAGAUAAAUAAAAAAAAAUUGAUAAAGAACAGAAAUGUUACCUUCA